CACAGAAAUGUCAGGUUUGUUACGCUGGUAGCAGACAGUCCCGUCCAGGUUCUUUUUUUUUUUGGGAGGGAAUGCAACAGAUUCUUUCAUUACAUCCAAGCUUGUUCGUAGCAAGACGCCUCAGAUGCAGCGCAGAGUUACGAUGGAUUUUGUUGGGGCACUGAGGAGUGGCAGCCUGGCUAAUUAACUAGUAGCUAGUUCCUGGCUAACAGAAGAUGGAAGCUCGCUCUCUGCCUUCUUCCCCGGGAAACCCUCACUAAUAUCAGCCACCUUGGUGUUAUUCAAUAACCCCGCUAGCACCACACGUGCAGUUAGAAGCUCUUAGCUAGUUUGUCUUCGGAGAAACGUCCGCCAUGGAGGAAGUUGACAAAAUCUUGAUUCACGCCCUUAAACAAGUCGGAACGGAGGUGAGUGAGGAGGUGGACAGUGUCAGACAGUUCAGCAGUGAGCUGAUAGUGGAGGCGGUGGUCAGAUGUAUCCGGGUGAUCGAUCCAGGCCUGGGCAGCGCGCUGCCCACCUCCCUUCCUCCAGGCAUGUCUGCCCGCUUCAGAGUGGGCAUGAGCCUGGCACAGGCCUGUCAGGACAUUGGUUAUAAAGGAGAGAUCGGCUACCAGACUUUUCUGUACAGCAACGAGCCAGAGAUCCGCUCCCUGCUCAUGUUCAUGGUGGAGAAGCUGCCCAGAGAGAGCGCAGAGGCCUCAGACCAGCCAACAGGUAAAUCAGUGGUCCUCCAGAGAGCCAUUGCUGCUGCCAUCAAAGCCCAGCUGGCUGUCCCCUGGCUGCCAAUGAACUGCAGACUGCCACUGCAUGGUGAAACACAAAGUCCAGGAGCAUUGCACAGCUUCCACGCUCAGCCCCUCAGUUUACCACACUGCACUAAAGGUCCAGGAAAGAAGCAGCUGAAAGUGAUUUCAGAAGUGAAGGACUACCAGCGAGACAUUCUUCCUCCUGUGACCGCCCAGCCUUCCCAUCAUGCCUCUGUGGCAGCGUCCCUGCUCGAGCAGCAUACCGCUGAGCUGAGUGCUGCUCAGGAGUGGGACAACGAGUGGAACAGUCAGGGACUCCUGUCUCGCCUCACUCCACAGGAGUAUCAGUCAAGGAAACUGACCCGGCUGCGGAAACGCAUCGAGGAGCAGCUGCGUUCUGCUGCGCUGCCCUCCCCUGAAAGUGCCUUUGGAGGUCCUCGCUCAACCUCUGACCUGUCUGAGCUACUGCAGGCCUUCAGAGGCUCCGCCCCCUCAGACCACAUCCUGACCAAGGGAACCCACUUUACCCACACACAGAAGUUCACCUUCACACAGGAGUCAGCAGCAGUGACCAGCUCCAUCCCCUCUGGGCGUCAGUCAGAGGGUGAUAUCCAGCUCCGUCAGCAGGAGGAGCUGGCCUCACUCCAGCAGCAGUUACAGCAGCUGUGCAGUGAUGUUGACCAGCUCACAGCAGACAUGAAGCACAUGAGUGUCACUAAUACACAGGUGUUGGAUGAGUUGAAGCAGAGGGAGCUGGGGAACUCCGAAAAAGAGGAGAAGACGCAGGUGAAGAAGAAAACUAUCGACCUGUUGCCAGACGCAGACAACAACCUGCUGAAGCUUCAGGCUUUGGUAGAGGCCAGCGCCAAGCGGGUGGUGAACCUGGCCUCACAGUGGGAGAAGCACCGUGCUCCGCUGAUCGACGAGCACCGCAGACUCAAAGAAAUCUGCAGCAACCAGGACCUGGAGUCAUCCAGGAAGCUGUCUGAAAUCAAGUCUCUGCAUGACAAAAUCCGUGUGUCCACAGAGGAAGCCAGGAAGAAGGAGGAGACAUACAAACAGCUGGUAACAGAGUUAGAAAACCUUCCUCAGGAUGUGUCUCGGUCAGCAUACACUCAGAGGAUUCUAGAGAUCGUCAGCAACAUCAAGAAACAGAAGGAGGAAAUUACAAAGAUUUUGUCAGACACUAAGGAGCUCCAGAAGGAGAUCAACAACCUGACUGGGAAGCUGGACAGAACCUUUGCUGUGACCGAUGAGCUGGUCUUCAAGGACGCCAAAAAAGACGAGUCUGUCCGCAAAUCCUACAAGUACCUGGCUGCCCUGCAUGAAAACUGUAAUCAGCUGAUCCAAACCAUCGAGGACACGGGUACAAUCUUGAGAGAGAUUCGAGAUCUGGAGGAGCAGAUUGAGACAGAAAACGGCAACAAAACUGUGACCAACCUGGAGAGGAUUCUGGACGACUACAAGGCCAUUCGACAGGAGAACUCUGCACUCGCUGCCAAAGUGCGAGAAGGCUGAAGGCAGUCCUGCUUCGCUCUGCUCUGCCUGCUGAGGCCGAAGCUGUAGGAAAAACAUGGAGCUGAAUGGGACUGAAACAGCACUCCAGGUUUCACACUGAAGAGACUGCUGUUCAUUAACACUGCCCUCUGUUGCCAUUGGAGACCUGCUUUUCUUUAGAAAGGCAAGCUGAUUUUUGUACCGUGGAAACUAAUCUGGCGUUUUAAUGCACAGCCUGUGUGGAUGGACGGAUGGAUGGACGGAUGGAUGGAGAAGAAAAUUAGUUUUUCAUUUCAAACUGAUCUGUGUGGCUGGACACGCUCUCUGAGGGUCCACGCUCUGGUUUGAUUGCUCUGUAGCUAAAUGAAACGUGACACUGGACAGCAGAGGGUGCUGUCACACCUCUCCUGUUUAAAUUCACAGUCAUUCCUGUCGCUGUAUCGAACGUUUUCAUAUGUUGAUUCAAAUCAAAUCUUUGACUUGGAGGUUUUUUUUUUGUUUGUUUGUUUUUUUAACAGGAAUUAUUCCAGCAGACAGACAUUAGCAGUUCCUUUGUCGUCAUGAUUAUAUUUGAACUGAAAAUGUUGAGUGAAUGGCAUUUGAAUGUAGUCCAUCAAUAAUGUCGUCCAGCCUCAUCAGCAAAGUAUUGUUGUAUAUAUGGCACCAGCUUAAAUAAAGAUGCCUUACAAACUUGGAUUGGAAUGGACGUGAUGAGUGGACCUGAUGUCAUCUACAUUAUCAACACCACAGAACAGUCUCUUAGGUUCAAAUAUGUCGCUUGACAUUAAUGUAACUUAAUGUCUUAUAGGUUUCUUGAAAGUUAGGACAGAGUGACAGGCAGGGGGGUGAGCUUUGAAACAAACAUGUAAAAUUUAAAAAGUAAGAGAAAGGCGAGAAAAUGAAAAGUAAGUAUGUAACUAGAGACGUCAGACAAGCUGAGCUCACAGCAUAGCAAGUGAAGUCAAGUAUUACGUUUUAUCAUGUCAUCAAUAUUUUACAAUAUUACACAACUUGAUGAUGUUCAUAAGUUGCUCAUAAUGUGCAAUGUCUCUUGAGUAAGACCUUUAGAAACAUGAUCAGUUUACUGUAGUAUUAUAGAGUUUUAUAAUCAUGUUUAUGCACCAGAAAAUUGGUGCAUGAAUAACAACACGUUAUUAUUUAACACCACCUAUAUUAUCUGUGUUAA